AUGCAAAGCUAUCGAGAAGAAGCUGCCAGCAGGCCUGUGUCGCAACUGGAUCCGCUUCCUGCACCAUCAGGUGGCGAUGACAUGAGCAAAUACCGUGCACGAUACGAGGAAGCCAUGAAUCCAUUUGAGGCUUUCCGUGGCCGUGUAAGUGAUCUAAAAACUGCCAUCCUCCUUUCUCAUCAUAAUUGGCUGCAUGAGCAGGAAGCGGCCAGGGCAUACCAAGCACUGAACCCGGUGGAGAGAGGACAAGGACCGCUUUUAUAUUCUAUGCCGCUGCGUUGCAUCUUUUGGUUAUGUUCACCACUUAUGAAUGCACAACAUCAUCAGGAACGCAAUUACAAGUACAACCAGGACCUUAUGGAUAUUAGCACCAGGAUGCCAUCUUUCUUGAUUCGAGACUACAUGAUAUGGACUCUAAGAC